AUGCUCUCUCGUCUCCUCGCUUCCAAGACGACCAGGAAAAGAAGGAAUAAUGGUCGUGCCAAAAAGGGGCGCGGCCACGUGCAGCCUAUUCGCUGCACCAGCUGUGCCCGAUGCGUGCCCGAGGAUAAGGCCAUUAAGAAGUUCGUCAUUUGGAACAUCGUAGAGGCCGCAGCCGUCAGGGACAUUUCCGAAGCGAGUGUUUUCGACUGAGUGAGCUCCUGGCGCGAACUGUCCUAUGUGCUUCCCAAGCUGUAUGUGAAACUACAUUACUGCGUGAGUUGUGCCGUUCACAGCAAGGUAGUCAGGAGUCGUUCUCCGGUAGCCCGGAAGGACCAAACACCUCCAUCCCGAUUUAGGCCUGCGGGUGCUGCGCCACGACCUCCGCCAAAGCCCACGGAAGGAGCUAAGUCCUUAAAGGCUAAAGAAAUACGGUCCCCUGGAAAGACAAUAAAACGGAAAUUAUACUUUAAAAAACCCCCACCAUUUGCUUAG